CGGUCCUUUCAACAUAGUUGAAAGACAGAUAGGAACAGAUAGGGAUUGUUCUACACUUUAGAGUGACUGAGGAGCGAAUAGCAGAGGCUGGAGGGCGGUUCUUGCACUGUAUAUAUGUGCAGCUCUCAGAUCAACUGAUCGCACUCUUCAGCCGCAGUCUGUCUGUAUCGUGCUGCUAGUGAGCUGAUCUCGGCUGUAGUGGGAGAUAUGUUUAUGGCUGUCUCUGGUGCCCUCCCUUGUAGAAUGUCGUCUUCCCUGGCCUCCUCGCUGCUGCUGCGAUCUGCUGCUUAUGUGGGGGGCUCUUGGCUACCUGCCUCGGACUCAUUCCCUGUGCUGGACCCGGCUACCGGCUCACAAGUGGCUCAGGUAUCUGACUGUGGCCCCCGGGAAUGUGGGGAGGCAAUAAAGGCAGCCUCUGAAGCCUUCAAGUCAUGGAGAGAAGUGUCAGGCAAGGAGAGGAGUGUGCUGUUGCGGAGGUGGUACGAUUUAAUGAUCCAGAAUAAAGAGGAUCUUGCCAAAAUUAUCACAGCUGAAAAUGGUAAGCCAUUAAAGGAGGCACUCGGUGAAAUCCUCUAUGCAGCCGGCUUUUUGGAAUGGUUUUCAGAGGAGGCACGGCGUGUAUAUGGGGAUGUCAUUCCUGUGCCAGUUAAGGACAGAAGAGCUGUGGUUCUUAAACAGCCUGUAGGAGUUGCAGCAAUCAUCACUCCAUGGAACUUUCCCAGUGCUAUGAUAACCAGAAAGGUGGGAGCAGCCCUUGCUGCUGGAUGCACUGUUGUUGUGAAGCCUGCUGAGGACACCCCAUUAUCUGCAUUAGCACUUGCAGAGUUGGCCCAGCAGGCUGGAAUCCCAGCCGGAGUUUAUAAUGUUGUCCCUUGUUCAAGAGAGAAGACUCCAGCAGUUGGGGAAACCCUGUGCACUGAUCCUGCCGUCAGCAAAAUUUCCUUUACUGGUUCCACUGCAACAGGAAAGAUCCUGCUCCACUAUGCAGCGGACUCUGUGAAGAGGGUGUCGAUGGAGCUCGGAGGACAUGCGCCAUUCAUUGUGUUUGAUAGUGCAAAUGUUGAGCAAGCUGUUGCUGGGGCUCUCGCUUCAAAAUUCCGGAACUCUGGCCAAACAUGUGUGUGUUCAAACAGAUUUCUGGUACAGAAAGGGAUACACGAUGCAUUUGUAAGCAAACUUGCAGCACUGAUGAAGAAGGAGUUACGGAUUGGACAUGGGUUUGGUGAUGGAGUUACACAGGGUCCACUCAUUAAUGAAAAAGCAGUGCAGAAGGUGGAGCAACAUGUGAGCAACGCUGUGUCUCUUGGUGCUCGAAUUGAGGCUGGAGGGCAACGUUCUUCUGUUGGGAAGAAUUUCUAUGAACCGACUCUGCUCAGUAACGUCACCACAAACAUGCUGUGCACACAAGAAGAGACCUUUGGCCCGUUAGCGCCAGUCAUAAAAUUUGACACAGAAGAAGAAGCAGUUGCCAUUGCAAAUUCAGCCCGUGUUGGUUUAGCAGGAUACUUUUACUCCCAGGAUCCAGCACAGAUUUGGCGGGUGGCUGAACGGCUGGAAGUAGGGAUGGUUGGAGUGAAUGAAGGUUUGCUGUCAUCUGUCGAGUGCCCAUUUGGUGGUGUGAAGCAGUCUGGCAUUGGUCGGGAAGGGUCCAAAUAUGGCAUUGAUGAGUAUUUAGAAGUGAAAUAUGUUUGCUUUGGAGGCCUAUAAUAUAAAGUAGAACACU